AUGACUAAGUGGCAUCUAGCGGAGUCACCCGAGCCUGAGAGCGCGCGCAAACGACAACGACUAUCUUCCCCGACGUACGACGAGCACUUUCCAAUCACGCAGGAGGAGAUGAGCGCGUUUGAUGAGAUAGACAAGCAGCUCUCGCAGCGAGCUCUCGUCCUUCCUUCCCGAUCGCGAACCUUGUCGGCCGAAGAGACAGAGGACGUCGAACUAACUACCGCUAACCACGGUGCAUCCGGAGAAGGUGUGAUGGGAGAAGGCGACCGGGAUGGGCCAGCAGCUCAAGAGUGGUCGUCAUCGCCCCUCGAAAAGCCUUCCACCACCCAAGAUCGCGCUGAUGAGGACGCGUUCUUCACAGGUGCUGGUGGAGGCAGUGGCUUCGUCUCCGCUACCACGCUCCCGUCCAAGCCUUCUGUCGAUUCUCUCGCUCCAGCUGCCUCUGGCUUUACAUCUGCGGCUGCCCUCCCCUUGGUCCUCAAGACGGCCAAGCUUCGUGCGUCUGGUAGCUUCACUUCGAAGCCUCCUGACGCGUCCAAUGCGCAUGCAAAUUCGGGCGAAGCCUCCCAUAAUGGAACCAUCACCUCUAUAUCAUCCACGCUUGGUGGAUUUGGUCCUGCAUCUGCACUCCCUGCGCGACCAGAAGAUCCCUGUGACGAUCGCCCCUCGUCGCCUCCGCCUCCACAACCAGACUAUGAUUCCUGGUUCGAUUCCGAUGCAUCCGCGCUACCUUCCGACGCGCUCGGGUUCAAGACCGCUCGUACGAUUCUGGAGCCAUUGGAGGCAGGGGAGGGUCAUGCCAGUCAAGCUCCCGUUUUCGCCGGAUUCACCUCUGCGUCGGGCUUGGUGCAGUCUCAGAGUACCUCGCAUGGCGGGUCUGGAGACAGCGCACCCGAAGUCGUAGAACCUUCCCCAUCUGCGUCGUUCGCUACGGGUUUCGCGUCCGCUGCGUCAAUCGGCUUCAGCUCUGCGGCGAAGUUGACUGGGGGGAAGAGUGCCUGGCAGGCGCCCUCCGCAGAAGCUCUCGCGCGGGCUGCACAGAAGAUGAAGCAGUGGGAGGAAGAGUUCGUGCGAGAAGACGUGUCGACGUCUGUAGCUCCUGCCCAUACCAAUCAGGACAUCGAAAACACGCGUGCAGGGCCGUCCUCGUCUGUGCCGCAGCCUGCCGCAGCACCGUCUCUCCAGACCCCGCUGCGUCCUGCCCUGCGGCCGAUGGAAAACAGCGCGCCCUCCCCAGCGCAGCUCCCCGAUACCCCGCUCGCGUCGAAGAACCCGACGCACUACACGAACAUCGGCGGAGGGGUGCAGAUGAAGAACAAGCAGUUCAAGUCUCCGCUCAUCAACAAGCAGGAUCGCCCCGCGUCUGCGUCUGCGGCGCGGCUUAGGUCGUCGCUGAAUCCUGUCCGUGCCUCGAGUUCGAAGUUACCCGCGGUGUUCACUUUUGGCGCAGCGAGCACAGUUCCUACCGCAGUGCCGGCGACACCCGCUCGCCCUGCCCCAGCUCCAGAGUCCGGUACUUCAAUUGUCACGACAUCUCCAAGUAAGGGCAAGAGUCUGGGGAUGACCCCUCGCAGGCUGCCGGGCGGCGGCCUGAAGUCUGCUGGGAAGGCCAAGUUUACUACGCCGUUCAAGCUGGGCAUGGCGCCUGGGGAAGCAGGAAGGACACAGCUGGGGGCGAAAGCGAAAGCAGAGACGUCGGUGCAGACUCCUCUCCGAGUCGAUGUACGCGGGACGCCGUCGUCUUCGGCCAAGGGUAAAUCUGUGUCUGUGGCGAGGAAGGAGUAUAAGUUUUUCGAUCUGAACCCAAGGCCGGACAGGAAGACACUGGCAUCAUCAGGUCUCCGACCGCAGUCGUACACUGGGGACGAACUGGAAGACAUGGGGAUAAACGUUGAAGAACUCCGGGAGAUGAGCCCCGCCAUGGCAAUCUACUAUUCGUUCUAUUCCGCGGAGCUAACAAACGAUUCGGCCGAGCCUCUUCAACUAGGACCCGAGGCCGCCUUUGUACAGCUGAAGGAACUGGGCUGUAGGCUUGCUACGCAGCAGUGGGUGACGAAUCACUAUGGCCUCAUUCUCUGGAAGCUCGCAGGCAUGGUCUGUCUCGAGCCGGAGUCGGAGCUGGAUCCGAAGACGAAGCGAUGGUGUUGGCGGGAGGUCAUGCGGCAAUUGCGCUACAGAUACGAACGUGAGCUGAAUGGUGGCUCAAGACCAGCGCUUCGUCUGAUCUCGACGGAGGACGCACCGGCGGCUUGUCCCAUGGUGCUAUGCGUGUCGAGUAUCAUCACCUGGGCGCCUGCCGUGGUGGAUAGCGAGGGACGACCGGUUGAACCCCAUCCAGAACUGGAGGUGACCGACGGAUGGUAUAGACUACGGGCCAGAGUAGACCGACCCUUGGCCAGAGCGGUUCGUCGGGGACUUAUCAAGGUUGGGACGAAGUUGGCCGUCUCGGGAGCUAAGCUGGGCGGGGACCGCAAAGAGUCUUGCGAAAUCCUCGACGCGUACGAUAGUACCUACUUGGACCUUUCGGGCAACUCUACCCACUUAGCGCCAUGGCACGCAAAGCUUGGCUUUGCCAAGGAUCCUUUCAUCGCGACACUGGAUAGCCUCACCCCGGACGGCGGCAGGGUACCUGCCAUGGACCUCAUCGUUACAAAGGCGUAUCCAAUAGCCUAUCUGGAAUUUAUCAGGAACGAAGACGGGUCGACAACCAAGCUAGGGCCGCGGGAUGAGAAAGAAGAGCUUAGGGCGCAAGAUGAGUGGCUGACCAGGAGGGAUAUAGCUGUAGCUACAAUCCGUGCCGAUCUCGAGCGACAGAUUCAGUCACUGGAGAAGAUCUCAGAGCAGCUAUACGGCAUCGCCGGCCCUCGGUUUGAGGAUAAGGUCAAUAAAGACGAUCCUCUACCUUCUUUUAUCGAAGGAAUGUACGACGAGAUGAUAGAAGAUGUGUCACGGUCGCCUCGGGACUUCUUCGACUAUCUCAACUACAUGGACGCAGGUUAUCUGUACAUCCACACGCUCGAUCAGAUCAGGCUUUCGAAGGAGCGGCUCGGAGAAGAUAUCGAGCGGGAGCUUCAGUAUAUCUGCCCCCCACGCAAUGUCCGAGACUUCCGCGUUGUUGUCGCCAAGGAUGCACGGUGGUGCAGGAAGGAGCCCACGCGAACCGUGCAGAUCACUGUGUGGGACCCCAUGCGUAUGGUGUUCAGCGAGGGCGGUUCUCCGGGCGACAUCCGAGAGGGACAACGCUUCUUGGUCGUCAAUCUCGAGGUGAACCAGCCGAGCGCCUGGAUGGCUCCUGGCCCGGGGUCAGUGAUUUACCUUAUAUCGAAGAAGAGCGCGAGGUGGACGAACAUCAGGUCACGCAAGUGCUGA